AUGGAAAGUUUUCUUAGUGGAUGCGGCACUAUAAAAUUGGAUGCCUCCUCGCUAUUUAAUGAAGCGCCUGAGGACGAUGAGGCCAAUGGAUCAGUAUACGGAAAAGGCAUGUCUCCGAACCUUCCCAACCGACCACCGAUAACAUAUAGCCCCACUUCAAACGAUUCCAAUAACCUUCCCGGCUUCGACCUAACCGCUGGCAGUGAGUGGCACUAUCCCGCUGGCGUCGAACUGCGAACCUAUCAGUUUGUAAUUACUGAAAGAUGUCUCUAUCAAAAUUGCUUAGUCUGCAUUCCCACUGGUCUGGGGAAGACGCUUAUUGCAGCUGUCGUUCUGCACAACUUCCUUCGUUGGUAUCCCACCGGUUGUGUAGUUUUUAUGGCUCCCACUAGACCUCUUGUCUCUCAACAAAUGAUUGCUUGUCGGGACUUUACUGGACUUUCUAUUUCCGGCACGCGGCCAGCUGUGGCGGUUGAAUUAACGGGCACAACAUCACCUCAGCAACGUGCAGCUCUUUGGAAUGGUCCAUACCGUGCUUUCUUUCUCACACCCCAAGUUAUCGUUAAUGAUCUCACUGCUGGUAUUUGUCCUGCUACUUCAAUUCGCUGUAUGAUUAUCGACGAAGCCCACAAGGCAACUGGGAAUCAUGCCUAUUGUCAAGUUAUACGAUUAAUCACGGGAGCGCCUUACAAUCAUAGACAAUUUCGUGUGGUUGCGCUCUCAGCAACUCCAGCCUCAGACCUUCUAGGUGCUCAGGCGGUAAUAGCGAACCUUCUCAUUUCUCAUAUCGAGGUGCGCACUGAAUCUAGCCCCGAUGUUCGUGAGUAUUGUCAUAAACGAGCCAUCGAGACCAUUGUAGUAUGCCUUGAUUCACAACUUUCCUGCUUCAAGAAACGUCUCUGCGACCUUGCUCUCCCACCAUUUAAGCGCCUUUGUGAAUACAAGGCACUGUGGAUUUCGAAUUCCGAUCGACAACCUCACCCUGAAGCGUUUGCACCCUACACAUUAGUAAGAGCCCGAGAAGCAUUCCUUCGAGAUAAUUCCUCUUCACCCUUAACUGGCUUAGUUCUUCGAGACUUCCGACUAGCUGGGUGCUUUGCUCGAGCCCUUGAACUACUCACAUUGUAUGGCCUGCGCCCUGUAUAUCAGUAUCUGCUCACAAAUACAGGGUCGUCCAACGAUUUGGCUCAUGUUUCAGGCCUACGAGAGUUUAUCUCCGAUCUCAGGAGCGUUCUCGGUGUCACUGACGCUACUUCAGCAAUGAGUCAACUGCCUUUUGUUGCAGGUCAUCCAAAGUUGCUCAAGCUCCGCGACGUACUGAUUGAACACUUUUCAGUCACUUCCGAACGCUGUUUAAGUCAGCGAGGUACUCGAGCGAUAGUUUUCACACAGUACCGUGACUCUGUUUCGGACAUUAUGUAUAUGCUGCAAGCCUACUCACCCACUUUACGACCCGCAGUAUUUGUGGGUCAGUCCACUUCUACUUCUGUAGAUGACCAACAUCAUUCAAGGAAACGGACUACUCAGCGAGACCAACUCCAAGUAAUGGAGAUGUUCCGAGAAGGUCGUGUCAACAUUCUCAUUUCCACUUGUAUUGGUGAAGAGGGUUUAGACGUAGGUCAAGUGGAUCUUAUCGUCUGUUUCGAUGCGCCCAGGUCACCGUCUCGUUUGAUCCAGCGUCUGGGUAGAACUGGGCGCAAGCGAUCUGGACGUGUGGUGGUUCUCCUCACACAAGGUCGAGAACAAGCCAAUUUCGGCCUUAGUAUGACCCGUUCAAACACUGUUCAUAACACCCUGUUACAAGGUCAAGCUACACGGAAACUGGUUCUCUAUCCUCACAACCCUCGAAUGGUACCGCUUGGAGUAAAUCCCUCUCCUGUACUUUGGAAACCUUCAAUCCACUCAGAUACUGAUGCCUGUGCCAUUCAAGAAGUAAGUAAUCGAAAGAAAUAUUUGGCGCCUCCAAAUCUUCGAUUCUCCCUCUGUGAAGCUUCUGCUCUCUUGUCACUUGGUCAAGUGGAUACGGAGAUCGGGGACACAUUUUCUCGACGCUACUCGGUGAAUCGGUGGAUUCCAUUAGUCCGCGAGAGCUUUCAGUCUGAAGCUUCAGGCCCAUCGACAACCACGUGGCAUUUAGUUGCUUCGCUGCGUCUCCUUGAAUUGCAUCGAAGGGGUCGAACAAAUGCGAUAUACCAUGCCAUGGGCAUCCGAAAAGUUGAUAUGAUCUGUUCUCUAUCUGAUAUUCCCGCUUCGAUGUCUCAGUUUUCGCAGACUGCUUCAGAAAAAACUAUGGAAUCACCGCUUGCGACACAAGCUCAGCUUAAGUCUUCACCAUCGAUUAAUUCGUCAAUCCGACUCUUUCGAGGGCUUGUAUCGAAAACUUUGAUGGUCGAUCCGCGAAUCAAUGGAUCCGAUAAGCUUAAUCUUCCCGACGUUGUUCCUAUAAGAGGAAUAACGUUGGAGGGUCUGAACAUGGAGUUUGAGAAAAUGAUUGCAUCUGGAGACGUUUCUUCCACUCCAGAGUGUCAAAACUCAACGUGCUCAGAAUCUGUGUCUUGUGACUCAGCAUCUAUAUUACCUACACCAUUUUCUUCAUCUUUUUGUAUGCCUCCGCAAACUGACUCCCCUCCAGCCAAGAGGCUACGCGUACUGACUACUACACAGGAGACUAUUUUGAGUGUUUCGAAUGCAACUAACGACGUGCAGCCCAACCUGAAAUUGCGCCUCAGUGAAGACUUGGAUAACUUCCUUAAUUUGCUGUCUUAUUUUUGCUCUUACUUUAGGAGGUGUUCGACGGACAGCCCUGUUGGCGUCAUUGCCCACACCAAUGGCGAAUCUCUCUGGCGCUGGAACGAUGUGCCAGUAGACCUAUCACCUGCUAUCUCCAUCGAAACCACAGGCAAUGUGGAUGUGAAUUUCAUUGUCUUCGGUGAUGGGGACGUUAGAAGGUGUCGUCUGCCUCACCGCCUGGCCAAGCGCUGCUCUGUGGUUACUAAGCGCCCUGAUCAGGUGUGCAUCGUCGCGGUGGCUAAGUCAAAUGGCUACAUCGAAGUGUAUAACCUUAAGCUUCUCAAGGAACAUUACCCUCCUACACUGUCGAAAAUGGUGCUCUUUGACGGUGGCCAAUCCAUUUUACACCUCACCAUAUCAAUGGAGGGCGCUCUGCGUCUCGCUUCGACCAGUUAUGAGGGUGUGGUGAAAUUGUGGGACAUCUGGGAUGAUGGUAACAUGUACGCCACUCUCACUUCUCUCACUGCUGUUACCUCUAGUGGCAUCAAGGACCUCAGCAAGUCGGAAGUAGCGUGGCCCUACAACUACGAGGUCACCGUCACUGUUUGGCAUCCCUACGGUGGUCACCUUUUUCUUGGUAGCAAGCGGGGUCAUGGAUUGGUGCUAGAGGAUGAACGUCCUUUUCGUUGGAUUCGUUGCCUUCACCACUAUCAUAGAAUUUCAGGAGCGGCCUACAGUCGAGAUGGGGAUUUCCUCCUCACUGCUUCUUUCGAUGGCGUCUGUACUCUGUGGUCUGUGCCUUCGUAUGCUCCCGUUCACCACUAUCACCACAUGCCGGUCCCAUGCAGCAUGCGGCUUCUUGGAGGUGCUAAUGAUUUCCACGUAACCAGUCUUGCACUCUCUCCUGAUUCCGAGUCCUUUGCCACCCUCUGUGAAGACGCGAAACUGCAUAUUUGGUCUAUCUCACCCGCCCAAGAAUCUUACAUUUUGGCUCAGUGGAGGGAAUUUAACCGCCUAACACUUCGGGAAAGAACCCUUGUCUUCAGUCCCUGCGGCCGCCUCCUAGCUUGCUCCCUCGGUGACCGUAGCCUCCGACUGUGGAGCCAGACAGCAUGCGUACAAAGCAGUUUGGUGGGACUCUGUGUGGCGAGCAUUCGACGUCAUGUGGUGUCGAGUCUUCUCACCACCUCCAGGACUCCUGAAGUUAACGAUCAGGACAGGACAUUUUCAGCUCUCGCCUCACUGCCGCUUCCGCAGCCUCUGCGUCUCCUCCUUUGUCAUGGUUUGGAGGCCUGUGCUAAGAUUUGCUAG